AUGCCUCCCACAAAGAGCUCCAUUCACUGGACUUUGUCAGAGGUGUUUGGGCAGCGGAGGGUUUUGGGAUUCGGAGCUCUGCUGGCAUGGCUCGUCCUCUUCCACCUGCUGGUCAACGUCUGGCUGCUCUGCGUCUUCACCAGUCUCUUGGUGGUCCUCGGCGGUUGGCUGGGGUCCCGCGUCAUGCUGGACACAAACAGCCUUCUCCAUCUGGAACACUUUUUGCCUCUUGGCAGUAUGAACCCACCUCUGUACUCACCUGAACAUGAGUGGAGGUUGAACAAUGAGAUCCACAAUGCCGUCCACAAAGCGGUGCGGGACUUUGUGUCUUCGUGGUAUCGAACUCUGCUGCCAGAGGUGGAGGGGGAGUUCGAACGUGCGGUGCGUAACUCGAUGCUGGAGUCAGUGAUGGAAUUGAAGGAGCGUGCGCGGCGAGUUGACAGAAAAGCUCUAGUUCAACGGCUGCUGGAGCUUUAUGGUUGUCACCUGCAGAGCUACAUGGCGGCGAGACACAUACAGUCGACGCAGAAGGAGAGCCUGAAUCUGUGGCGGCUCUACAGUGAAGUGGAUGCCCCUCACCCAGCCGUGAGCACUGCAUCUGCUGAGCUCAGCUACUCCAGGGCCUUAGUUAACCUCGUCUUAAAUGUACUGGUUCCAUUCCCUCAAAUGGAAACCAGGACCGGCGGUUACAUGGUUACAGAACUCAUCACCUGUAACGUGCUGCUGCCGCUCAUAAACAGGGUGUCCGAUCCUGACUGGCUCAACCAGACCAUUGUCGACGUCAUCACCAAGUCCAGAGAACCACAGGAAAUCAAUGUGGAUGAGUUCCCAGCUGCAACUGGACUACACAGAUGUGAUGUUCAGAAUGAGUCCUGGAUCACCUGCAAGUCUCUGUCAUCGUCUGAUCCAGCCAGCUUCACCAGCAGAAGCUCCUCUGAUCAGGACGAUCCACAGAGCACCAUGUCUGAGAGAGACUCCUCCCUGAGCAGCAUGGUGAGCCUGAUGUCUGCGGGGAAUGUGGAAAGUUGUCCCGCAGGUUUGCCCUCACCGUGCAAAGUCAACUGCUGUUCCCUCGCGCCCGGCCACUUCUCCCCCUCGAUAAAGUCCAAAAGGAUUUUAUAUGACUCCUUAAUCCAGACGGACUCAGAAGACGACCUGACAGGAGGCUUUUGUGAAUGUGGCCCUCCAACAAACUUCUGCAACGUGAUGAAUUUUAAGGAUGAUGAGGCGUUCGGUUGCUUUGGUCCGCUGAAGAACCUGGGGGCGAAGGUGGUGUUGCCCGAGGAAUCCCAGUGGCCAGCAGGAAUAGCCCUAGGGAAACCCCAGCCAUGUUCUCCAAAAAUAUUCUCUCUGACCCCCUGCGACUUUGACACCCAAGCUGCACCAAUGAACAUCCAGAACGUGCAGAUUUCUGGCACUAUCAAUGCAGUAGAGCAGCGCGGCACAAGCAUACAUCCCUAUACACUUUACACUGUAAAGUUUGAGAAAAUGGGCGAAACGGAAAACGGUGGCUCUCCACAACCGGCUUCCUGUCACACUGUCAACCGGAGAUAUAGCGAGUUCCUCAACUUGCAAACACGUCUAGAGGAGAAACCCGAAGUCAAGAAAGUUAUCAAGAAUGUCAAAGGUCCAAAGAAAAUGUUCCCUGACCUCCCGUUUGGCAAUGCAGAGUGCGACAAGGUGGAAGCCCGUAAAAGCCAGCUGGACACAUUCCUGAAACAAUUAAGCUGUAUCCCUGAGACAUCCAACAGUGAGGACAUGCAGGAGUUCCUGGCUCUAAACUCAGACGCCUGCACAUAUUUUGAAGAAAGAAGAAGACCUUUAGUCAAGUCAAGGAUUGAUAAGGAUAAAGGAACGUUCCUCCUGGUUUUGGAUGCCAAGACAUUUGAAGAACUGGCCAGAGCCAACGUGCCCGUUAACAUGGCUUAUGGCUUCCAUGGUGCAUUCAAUGCCACUCCAUAA